GACACGUGCCAGCUUUCUAUUUAUGGCUAAUUUGGGGAAAGAAAAAUGUUGGCCCAUCAACUAUUCCCCAAGGCAAUAAAAUUACCAACUUGGAUUUUUCUCUUAUUAUGGUUUGGUCAUGAAAUGGGCACAUGAGAAAUUUAAAUUUGCCUUUAAUCAUUGAAGCAUGUCAUUUUUUUUUUUUUUUUUUGGGGGGGCGAGUGGGUGGGGGGGUUGGGGUGGAGGUGGUUGGGGAGAGGAGAGGGGUUUGAAGCAUGUCUUGUUAAUAGGACAUGUGGUGAGACGAGAAACAAGGGGACUGCCUAAGAUGAAGCCAAGCAAGACCAUGUGCAUUAUUCAUACCAAAACUAUAAACCCUUCUAUUCUUAGGUCCCAUUUCCUCCUUCCUCUCCACCUGAAGGGUACUGAGGCCCCAUCUCUUCAAUUACAUUUCUCUAUAUAUCUUCAUAUGCGAUCACUUCAUGAAGGACCCUUUUAAGAGCUAACUUCACUCGUAAGCUCUGCCUUGCAUUUUUUUCCCCAGCUGCAGCUAGUGCCCCUGAGACCUCCAUGGAAACAUCGCUAGAUAUGGACUCUGAGGCUCAGAAUAUUGCUUCUUCUUCUUCUUCUUCAACUGCCUCUCCCUCUUCUUCUUUCCCUUCUCCAGUGAACAACUCCACACUAAAAAGCUCUAAGCAAGAUCAAGAACUCAAGACCGAUGAUGAAAGAAACAAAAAAGUAAAGAUUAGUAAUGAAAAUGCCGGAAGGCAUCCAUCUUAUCGGGGAGUAAGAAUGCGUCAAUGGGGCAAAUGGGUGUCCGAAAUCCGAGAACCGAGGAAGAAAUCAAGAAUUUGGCUAGGAACUUAUUCUACGGCAGAAAUGGCAGCUCGAGCUCACGAUGUGGCAGCUCUAACAAUAAAGGGUCGUUCAGCUCAUCUCAAUUUCCCAGAGCUAGCUCGUGAGCUUCCCCGCCCAGCAAGUGCGUCUCCGAAAGAUAUUCAAGCUGCUGCUGCUCUAGCAGCCGCCUUGAACUACAAGAACAAAGAUCAUGAUGAAUCUGAUAUGGAGUCAAGCCAAGCUAUUACAGAGGCAUCUCAUCAUGAUGCUCAAGGGUCCUUGAGCUCAACAUUAAGAGAUCGUGAAGAUGACACUUUUAUCGACUUGCCGGAUAUUCUGCUGGACAUAAGCCAUCAAAUUGAUGAGUUCUGUUGCUUGUCAUCUUGGCAGGUGGCCGAAACUGAGACUUUGGACAACGGAUUCUGGCACGAAGAGCCUUCUUUAUGGGAGUAUUAAUUGAAGUUGAAACAGUUGCGUAGUAUUAUAGUUAAACUUCAAUUAUUACUUUAGCAGUUCAAUGAGUCUCAAGUGCUGCGACUCUUUCUCCAAUUCUGAGCGUGCGCAAACCAAAUCAGUAAGCUAAAACUCCAACUUCCCAGGCUUGCAGCAGCAGCUUUAAUUUGGCUUCUUAGUUCUUAUGAUUAAUUGAUUUUGAUAAAGGUGUUUAAUUAGUCAUUAAUUCCUCCAUAAUUAAUUCGCCCUUCAACGGGUUAAUAAGAAACUGGGAUGCUUUGCCUUUCAA